ACCAUAAAAGGUUAGUUACCUAGACUUUAGUGCCCUUUUUGAAACUGGAGGUGUUGAGGAAAAGCCAAGUCUCCAAAUCCAAUUGGACAGGUAGUAAUUAAAUUACGAUUCAUUUCCUCUUGCACGUUCAUGACAAGUUUCCAAUUCUGAUGUCUACCAGAUUCUUCCGUGGAGCUCGUAAAAAAAUACUCCCACCUACCCCAGACCUUCCAGAUCGGCGUCUCACAGGUGCCGAGGCCCGUGGGUGCCCAGAUUUAACCAGAUACACAGUUGACUCUGGUGGGCUCUGUCGUGUGAGAACCAUGCUUUGUGAGAAAAGGUGCCUGUAGGGAAAGAAGGAAGCAAAAGAGCAAGAAUUAAGAAACUUCCAAUUAAAAGAGAAAUGUUUAACCGGAAGAACGUGUGAAGCAGGACAUUCAGUCCUAGUCGCUGUCAUUUCUUAUAGACUGUUUCUCUAUAGACUGGAGAGGAGCGAUUCGAAUCUGUCCAGUCAGAGGGUAAAGCAGUCACCAGAAUGUCACUUCCCUGGUCUUCAAGAUGUGUGACAGGGAGCAAAGGAGCGUUCCUAUCAGCUGCUCCGAAGAAAGUAAACACUCCCAACAUGCACUGAGGCACAGGGAGUGGCUCAGGUUUCUACCACUUCCCUGCUGUGGCGAAAAGGAGUAAUAAUUAACAGCUUCUUAGGCUUGAGGACCGGCAAGACGGAGGGGCACCGCCAGGCGCGGAGGGAGCCCUGUGCCGCCCUUCCCCCUCCCCGGCUCCGCCCUCCACCUUCACCUCUGCGACAGGUGAGCGAGCGGAGCGGGGACUCCAACGGUGAUCAGAGUUUGUGACUGAGCGAGGCAACAAACUCGUCGGAGCAGGUUCAGCCCUACAACUAAGGGUAGCCUCAGAUGAUCUUGAAAAGGGGGAGAAGAUGACUAUGAUGGCUCACGAGGCCUCUUCUUGGAUCUUCAUCAAUGAGAGAACGUUCAUUACCAGGGAACAACUGAAUUCUUUAUUGAAGACCUAUAACAUCUUUUAUAGGAAUCAGGAAAAUCUGCAUAUUUUAUAUGGACAGACUGAAGAUGGUAAACUAAUUGUGGAAGGGCUGUUGGACAUUUUCUGGGGAGUAAAGCGCCCUCUACAACUGAAAAUACAAGAUGAGAAGCAGAUCCCAUCUUUUACUGCGCUAAAGUCACCGGAUGUCUUUUCCAAAAGGGGAAUGACACGCUGGGGAGAAUUUGAUGAUCUUCAUCGAAUUAGUGAUUUGGACAGGACUCAGAUUCCAGUGUCUGAAGCAACAAAUUCCCAGGAAGAUUAUUUAUCUUACCAGUGUAGCACUCUGAAGCCUCAUACAGAUGAAGAGCCUGAAUCCCCGCUACUGUAUAGAACCAUGAGUGAAGCAGCCCUGGUGAGGAAAAGGAUGAAGCCUCCAAUGAUGGACAGAAAAGCCAGACAGAAACAUAGGGCCUCUAUUAAUGGACACAUUUAUAACCAUGAAACAUCAAUAUUCACUCCAGCCUUUGGAUCAGAAACUAAGGUCAGAAUAAACAGUGAUAUGAGAACUGAAGAAGUAAUAAAGCAGAUUCUCCAAAAAUUUAAGAUUGAAAAUAGUGCCCAGGAUUUUGCACUUUACAUUAUUUUUUCAACAGGAGAGCAGAGACGGCUAAAGAAGACAGACAUUCCGCUACUGCACAGACUCCUACAGGGACCUUCCAAAAAGAACGCUCGCAUUUUCCUCAUGGACAAAGAUGCAGAAGAAAUUAGCAGUGAUGUGGCUCAGUAUAUUAACUUUCAUUUUUCUCUCCUGGAAUCCAUCCUUCAAAGAUUAAAUGAAGAGGAGAAAAGAGAGAUUCAAAGAACAAUAAUAAAAUUCAGGACAGAAAAGGCUAUCAUCCUGAAAUAUCUUCAAAGUAAACGGGUAAUAAAAACAGAGACAACAGUUUAGUAGUACAGGUCCCUGUUGCUAAAACACUUCAACAAAAUUAGAAGGGUGUUAAUAUUUGAGUGCAUAAAUUCUAUAUUUGUAUUCAUACAAAUAUAUGUGAACUGGAAUCUGUAGAAAACUGAAUGUCAAAACAGCUUGUCUCUCUUUGAAGUGAUGAGGUGAACUUGGGUUCACAGUUGAAAGGAAAGGAACUUGAAUUUAGCUUCAGUAACUGAAAUAAGCUCGGAUACUAUGUAUUCCAAAUGGUUGUUAUGGUAAAGUGCUCAAUGAACUCGAAUUUAAAUGACAUCUUCAGAUAUCAUGUAGCUUUAUAUGUCUUUGAGCUUCAGCUGUCAAGAGAACUGAAAUAUCAUCAACCAACUCUGAGAAAUGAUUCAGAAGUAAAAGCUGCCAGCUCCUGAAAUAAAAAAGCAGCACAUUAUUACCCACCAAAGAGUUUGAUGGUUUAUGGUGUUUCACAGUGCCUUGAAAACUCCAGCCUCUUCAUAAAAUCUAGGGCUAUCUUUAUAUGGGUAGGUGACUUUGGGCUAUCUGCAACAUCAGAACUGUCUAUUCUCAGGGAUGGAAAAUAUUAUGGACUCUGUUAAGAAAUCCGAAGUGUAAUUUUCUCAACCUGAACCCUUCUCCCCCCACUCUGUUUUACUGAUGACUUUCAAAAGUGUUAUUAAGCUUUUUAAAAAGUCAAUUGAACUAGUUUUCUUUAUUUUUUCAAAAAAAAAUACCACAGAGAUUUAAUGUAUUUUAUCCGCCAGGAGAAAACUUGGUCCAUAAUGACCAUUUGCUGCUGAAUGAAUAUGGAAGAUAAUGCAAAUCUAUGGUAGCUGAAGUGGGACAGGGAAUCUGUAGCUCUGCCCUUUUUCUCCAAAAUACUCAUUCUACAGGAUAACACUCAGAAAACUUGAAGUCUGCUUAACCACUGAAAAUGCCACAAGUAUCACUGAUGAUUUUAUUUAUGAGCUCUAUAUUAAAAUAGAGUUGUAUGCAGCUUUUCUCCACUCUACCACUCCUUCUCAUCAGCAUUGGAUUAAAUUGUUUGAUUGCAUUAUACAUACCAUGAGAUAAGGGAUCUACAGUGUGUGUACAUAUAUCAUGUAGUAAACUCCGUAACUACAUAAACAAAAUAUGAAAUAUGUUUAAGACAAAGGUAUUACUUCUCAGUAUCAUCUGAUCCUAAACAGGAUGAAAGUAAAAAUGUACUAUAACCUUUUCAGACCUAGGAAAUAUCCUUUAUUCAAUAAAACAGAGGCUUGCAUCUUUAUCUGUUCCUCUCUCGGUUAAUAACAAAAUUUCAUUUCACUAAAGUAAAGCAAAUGUAAUGGUUAAAAUUCAGUAUAUUUAUUUAAAGUUGUAUCAAGUAUCUGCCAUAAACAUGACAAAAAGUUCAUCUUGAACAUAUCAAAAUCUACAAAGUACAUAAGUAAGAUGCCAAGCUUGGAUAGAAGAAAAAAAGCAUGAAAAGUAAAAUCACAGAAGAGGAAAAGCAAAUGGCUACUAAAUAUGUGAAAAAAAUUUGUAUCAUAAUAGUGAUCAGUUGUAUUAGUCUGUGUCUAAUUAAGAGACAGAAACCACAUGAUCAUUUAAAGAGAGAAAGUUUAAUAUAAAUAAUUAUUUAGCUGUGAUGAUAGGAGGACAACUAUAAAAAGAGAGAACCCUAAGGUGUACCCCAAGGCUGAGAAGAAUACCCAUAAAGGAAAAGCUUGAAGUAAAGAGUUCAGAAUUCACUUGAGAAGGUGUGUUUGCAGCCUUUUUGAUGGAGGACAUGGCCUCUGGGUUCCCAGGAUACAAGAGGGCCACAGUCAUAGGGCAAACAGGAACAACCCCCUGGGGUGUGGAGCAAGUGGCAGGUUUGCAGAGGGGCUUGGGGCUUCUCUGCAGGCAUAAGGCCACAUCGCAUAAUGUCUCUGUCCAGAGGUCUGCAGGAAACAAAGUCUGGGGGCACAGGCAAGCUGAGGCUGAAGAGUAGCCACACAGAUGGAGUCAGGGGCACUGCUGCCAUGCCACUAGGACUGGAAGCUGCAGGGGCUGCGAGCACCAAGUUGAGAAGGUAUGGAGAGUAAUGACUUAAGCUAGGACACAGGCCUGUACUGGCUUCAGGCUGUGCCACCACAAACCAAAUCAAAAGCUGGAAAAGGGGAUGGGGGAACAAAUGCUAAAGCAAGCAACUAGCUUGCUUUACUAACUAGGACCUUACAGGCAACUAGCACUGGAGAAACCACUCUGGGCAAAACGGUGGAGGAAGAAAGCUUCCCUGAGCCUGACCAACCAGCCCCUGAGGAAUCCUGUAAAACCAACUUCCUCCUACAGUGUUUCUCCAGCGCCCUCUACUGACAAAAUAUGACAUCUGUAAGCUGCAAAGGAAACAAAUUUAAAGGCUCCCAUAUCGGUUUUCCCAGAGCCAUCAGCAAAGAAUCAAUUUGGAACACAGAGGCGAUAAAAUAACUGGCAUGGCAACAAAACACAAAUGAAAGUGAAAUAUCCUUUUUGGUCUAUUAAAAAAUUAAGAAGGUAUAAUAUUAAAUACUCAACAGAUUACAGUGUGAUAGGAACUUAAAUUGCUGAUAAAAAUACAAAUAGAUAUAAUGUUCCUUGAAAGCAAUUUUGGUAGUAAGUUCAUCCUGUAAUUGUAGGAUCUUAUGUUGGAAAUAUUCAGAUGUAUAAAGACACUAUGUAAACAAGAUCAUUAUUUGUUGUGAUAAAAGGAAGCAAAUAGUCUAAUGUCGAAAAA